UUCAGAAACAAAAUUAAAAAAAUACCACAAUAAAAGUUCCGACAAAAUUCAGCAGCAACAAAAUCAACACGGCAGCUGUAUUUUCGCAUUAACUGCAACUCAAACAAAGGCAGAUCGCGUAAGAAUUUAACCUUUAAUCAAGAAAAAAUCGUACAUAACGCGAAAAAGUGUAAAAUAUUUAUUGUGUUGUCUCUCGGCUGCCUGUCAACAGCAACAACAUAUGCACGCAGCAAAAGAAUGAAACUGUUGCUGGCAUUUUGAUGCGCCAAAGCAGCAAUAACGCGGGCAAGAAAGUGUUUAAAAGCGUUUUGCCGAACAAGCAAGCAGCGAGUGCAGCAAAAAGCACUAUAAAAUUGCAAUAACAACAAAAUUUCAAAAAGCAUACACAACGAAAAGGAAAUUUUAACAAAUACAUGUGUAUAAAAGCAAUCUCUCAUCAUCAUCAAGCCGCGCAGCAUCAUUACUUUUGAUGUGCCAGCAGCAUAAGUGAGCGCGCUCAGCAGCACACAAAUUCCCAUACAUACACAUGUAUAUGGAAGGGCCAGGCGCGACAGGCAAGGAAUAUGUCAACAACGAAGGAUAAAAUAAAUUUUCAAAAUACCUGGAGCUGCAACAAAACGACUGGUCGCCGUUCUGGAAGUGGGUAUAAUAGCUGCAGUUUCUUAGAUCUCCAAUCGAUUCGUCGUUUAUUGGAGCACGACAGCAGCGGUACGAUAUGCCCCAGUUGUCGCAUCUCUUUCGACAAGGGCAAACGCCGGAAAUUGAUCGAUACCUGUGGUCAUGAGCGUUGCUAUUCGUGUAUGUUUCGUAACGAUCAGUGUCCGAUGUGUAUGAACAGUAAUAGUUCAUUGAAGGAUGUUGACUGCAACAGCAAUGCUCAAGGCUAUGACACGGGCAUCGGUGGUUCGACAUCGACAAUUGUGAGCCCAUUGGGCUCACCGCAGCCACAGCUGCGAUCACAAGUGCAACAGCAGCAUCAACAGCAACAACAACAAUUGCUGCAACUACAACAGCAGCAACAACAACGCACAAAUGCUGCCGCGCUGGCGCGCUACAUGCAGCAUAACCGGCAGGAGUCCAUAUCCCCGGAAUAUCAUCGCUAUGCAAGUAUUAGUAAAUUGCCGAAAGCGGUGGCCGCAUCGCAGACUACAUAUACCGUUACAGCGGAUAUACACCAUGCUAGCAAUAGCAACAACAAUCACAACCACAACAACAAUAAUGGCAAUACCAUUAGCAGCAUCAGCAGUGGCGGCAGCGGCAGCAACAGCAAUUGCAAUACGGUCAGCAGCACAGCUAGCAGCAGCAACAAUAACAACGGUCACAAUAAUAUUAGCAAUAACCAUUACAAUAGCAACAACAACAACAGCGGCAGCAUGCAACAGUCUGCACAGCAACACCAACAACAGUUACAUUAUAAUGCCGGCGAUGCAAUCAAUGCAUCUUCAUUUGCCACACCACCGACACGGCGACGUUUCUUUAAUCACAAGAAUUUGCGCAGCGCCUUGACCGGACACCGGCGCACCGCCUCGAAUGGUUGUGUGCCCACAGAUGCCGCCGCAACGAUACUCGUCGAUGGCAACGAUGAUCAUGCGCUAACUGCCGCCGAGAAGCAGAAAGAUCAGUUGCGUGCCCGUCUCGGUCUGCUGCUGGACAGCGAUCAGCAUGGCAAUACGAACACGACGACCAGCAGCAGCUCAUCGCAGAAUGUCAGUCCCGAACAGACGCUAUCGGCUGGCUGUGCCAAUGCUUUUGGCUCACAACUCUCCGUGAUCACCAAGGAUGAUACGCUCAGUUUGGCUGGCAAACUGAAUGCGCUGUCGGUGUCCACCGAUAACAGUGAUGUAUUUCCAGUGAAGGCGCGCAAAACAGGCGUGCGACGUUCAGCACGCGCUGGCCAAUUGGCUGGCGGCGCCGGCAAGCGUAAUGCCAUCUACAAACCGGCCAACGUGCAACCCGUGCAGUUGGCUUUGAAGCCGCUCUUUUUCGAAGUACCACUACCCGAACCAGAUCCACCAUUUAUCGGACGACAGUGGCUGCUGCGUGAGCUCUCCAACAUACUUACCGGCACCGAGACACCGGGUGUGCUGAUCAACGGCAACCCCGGUACGGGCAAGACGGCGCUUAUCUUGCAAUUGGUUGAGUAUUCGUGUUUCGGACGACGUAAGAACAGCAAUAGCAACAGUGAUCCAGAUGGUAUCUACUGCCCCAUCAAUCUCGGUCACGAUCGCAUACGCGCUUUGGCCUCACACAUUGUCGGUUAUCACUUCUGUCAGGCGGAUUCGAACCUUACUUGUUUGGUGCCCGACUUUGUGCACUCUUUGGCUGCACAAUUAUGUCAAGCGCCACAACUGGAGGCGUAUCGUGAGUAUCUACUAAGUGAGCCACAUUUACAGGAUAUAUUGAGCGUUAAGGAGUGUAUUGCUGAUGCGGAGCGCGUUAUGCGUAUGGCUAUUUUGGAACCGUUGAUUGUGCUAAAACGUGCCGGUAAGAUACCAACCAAGACUUGCGUCAUACUCGUCGAUGCUUUGUGCGAGGCGGAGUAUCAUCGUCCCGAUCACGGACACACGAUCGCCACUUUUCUUGCCAAGAUGACGCAACACUUUCCCUCGUGGCUGAAGGUGGUCGCUACGGUGCGCACACAAAUGCUGGAGUUUGUUAAGGGUUUGUCGUAUACGAAGAUGACGCUCGAUAGUUGGGCCUCAAACGAUCUGCUGCAGAAGGAUAUGCUCGACUAUAUCACAUUCCGUGUGAAUCACAGCGUGGAAAUACAGAAUAAUAUUGCGGCUGUGAAGGAUCACAAUAGCGGACAACUGAAGUUUAUCGGACACUUGCAAGCGCUGACAAAGGGUUCGAUGUUGUACGCCAAGCUUAUACUCGAUCUCAUUGAACGCGGUCAGUUGGUAAUCAAAUCGACCAGUUACAAAGUGUUGCCUGUGAGCUUGGCGCAAAUCUUUUUACUACACUUCAAUUUACGUUUCCCCACCAACAGCAGUUUCGAGAAGGCCGCGCCCAUAUUGAAUGUCUGUUUGGCCGCUUUGUAUCCGCUUACCUUGAAUGAAAUUUACUACACCAUUUGCGCUAUGAAGACCGACGAGGUGCUUAGCUGGGAUGAGUUCUUGCAACGCUUCAAGCUACUCGAUGGUUUUCUUAUACGUCGCAUCGACAAUACGUACAUGUUUUUCCACUCUUACUUCCGUGAGUGGUUAAUACGACGUGACGAGGGUGAAUCGUUGAAAUUCCUAUGCGAUUUUCGACUCGGCCAUGCGGCUAUUGCAUUUCGACUAUCGCGCAUGCAAGCGCCACUUGAUCCCGAACAAACAAUGGAGCUAGGACAUCACAUGCUGAAGGCGCACAUUUACCGCAACUGCCAGGGUCCACAACUACCGCGCGAUAUGCAAUCUUUCUGGGUCGCCACCGUCACCGAUAACAUAUCGGCCGCGCUCGGUUCUUUGCGCAACGUUUACAGUCCGAAUUUAAAAGUGUCGCGCUUGAUUUUACUAGCCGGCGCUUCACCACACUACCGCACUGAGUUUAUGGGCGGCGCAACAAUACUCUGCAUUGCAGCACAUGAGGGCAUAAUGCCAAUGGUGAACUUACUGCUGGAGUUCGGCGCUGACGUGAGUCUAACUAACAGUCAAGGCUGCACACCGCUGAUAUUGGCCGCCAUACGUGGUCACGCUGAUGUUGUGCGCUUGUUGGUGGCUGCAGGCAGCAGUUUAGGGCAAACAGAUACAACACAGCGCUGUGCGUUGGUACAUGCCGCGCGCACUGGUCGCUUGAAUGUGGUGAAAUAUUUGCUGGCUUGUGACUGGACGCCGCGUCCCAAUUCACAGGAUGUUAGUUUAUCGGCGGCGCUGCAGCAAUCACUUAUCGCCGCGGCAGCACAAGAUCACGUCUCAAUCGUUGAGGAUUUGCUAGAAGUCGACGGCAUCGAUGUGAAUCUUAUCGAUGAGGCAUGCGGUGAAUUACCGCUAACCGCAGCGGCGCGUAACGGUUGCAGCGAUACCGUCGCUAUCUUAUUGUCGAAAGGCGCGCGUAUUGAUGCGCGUAACAAACAAGAUUUUACCGCGCUAUGGUUAGCAGUAAAGGAAGGACACUGGGCGGUGGUGGAGAAGUUAAUACAAAAUGGCGCUGAUAUGGACGAGCCAGUAACCGCAGCGCGUAAGACACCGCUCAUGAUUGCCGCUGAGGAGGGUCACAUUGAACUGUUGGAGUUAUUGAUUGAACGUGGCGCCGCGCUGGAAGCACAAGAUGAGGAAGGCUUUACGGCGCUCUCAUGGGCAAGUCUACGCGGACGUCAACCGGCCGCCAAGUGUCUGAUCGAACGUGGCUCCAAUCGUAAUCACGCCGAUAACAAGGGGCGUACACCGCUCGAUUUGGCAGCAUAUCAAGGCUCUGCCGCUUUGGUGCUCUAUCUACUCGAACAGGGCGCAAAUAUCGAGCAUAUCGAUGUGAAUGGCAUGCGUCCGCUCGAUCGCGCGAUUGCUUGCCGCAAUAUACAAGUUGUACAAGUAUUUUUGCGUCGCGGCGCCAAGUUAGGCCCCACCACCUGGAGCAUGGCUAUGGGCAAACCGGAGAUUUUGAUAGUGCUGCUGAAUAAAUUGCUCGAAGAUGGCAAUGUUUUGUAUCGUAAGAAUCGCUUUCACGAUGCGGCGCAUCGCUAUCAGUACGCGUUGCGUAAGAUCUCAUGUCUGGAGAAUUUGCUAGAGCGAAGCGCAAUAUUUGCACAAUUGCGCACCAACUUGUUGCUGAAUCUGUCGCGCUGCAAGCGAAAGUUAAAUGAACUUGACGAAUCCAUCGAUUUAGCCACACAGGCCAUCGCUCAGAAACCAGCCAGCUAUGAAGGCUACUACGCGCGUUCCAAGUCGCGCAUGGAAAGCGGCGAUUACCACGAAGCGCUCGUCGACGCCAACGAGGCUAUGCAGAAAGCAUUGCAAAGCGGCGUCUCCGCCGAAGUAGUCGCGGUGCUCAAGCGCAUACAAGCAGAGCUAAUGGCGCACACCAACAGUGACGCUGCUGUUAGUGGUGCGGCAACAGCGCGCAGCAGCGCGAAUGCUUAUGAAGAGUAUGCGCUCAGUUGCGCGGACUUUGGCGCUAUGGGCUUGCCAACGCAAAAUGAGAGCUCGGAUCUGUAGCUUGUUUUUUGCAACCCACAAUACUUACAAGCUUAAUUGAAUUUUUGAAAAAUUAGUUUUUAUUAUAUUUACGCGCUUUAAUUUGCCUUA